GAGCGCCUCGUGCAAGGAACCGCACAAUAAGAUCCUCCAAUUUUUAUUUAUUUUUUUUUUCAUUUCAUUUUAAUUAUUAUUCAUCACUCCUGUUGCAAAAGGGGAUAAGUAGGUAAUUGCUCUUAUUAUCCGCUUCUCUUUUAAAUUUGCUUAUUAUUAUGGGUAAAUUCGUUGUCUCGAUGUGGAUGAUUAAUCCGCAGAUCUCAAUUUCUCUUUGCUCGUCGAAUUUGCGUAAAUUGCCUAAUCAGUGACCAUAACUCCUGCUUACAAAUGCUACAUGGAAAGAUCCCUUCAAAAAUAUUGCUGUUCCGUUACCACCACCAGUAUCAUCAGUUGCAUUUGCGAAAGCAUCUUACGAGUCUGCAUCUGAUUACAGUGUCACCAAUCAUCUUGCUGCUUAUUAUUUCUUGUUUUCCAUGUUCUUCAUCCCUUUGUUCAUUUAUUUGUAGCUACUGAUACUCAUAACCUGUUUGAAGUGCUGCGGAAAUUAUGGCUGUUUAUGCUAAGCAUCCCAUACCUUCAAUUCGCUUUGAAAUUCCUACAAGAUGGAGCUCAAUAGAUAACAUGGCUAAAGUUUAUCUACGAGUUCCGUUAAUUGUAAGGAUGUUCAACAAGCAAAAGGCUCGGCCUCAAAUAGUCGCAUGGUCGAAAAACUCUUCAUUUCAAGAUUUCCAGGUUUUUGCUAAGCCCUCGCAUCUAUUGCCGGCAUCAGAAGCAACUACGUAUUCCAAAUUUGUUCCAGAGGAGAUAUUUUCGUCACUGGAAUUAGAUAAAUCCGACUCUUUGUAUAUAGUAGAGCUUCGCACGAGUAGAGACUUUGGCUCUUGUUUGCGAGACAUGAAUGCUGCUAUCUUGCUGUGCUUGAUAGAUGUGAAUGGGGUUUCCCUUUUACAAAGGAUACCUUCGAUUUCUUUGGCUAACUCUGGUCAGGAUAAAGAGAUGAGUUCUCCUGAAUCUGUCCAUUUCCGGAGAGGUUCAGCUGAUGUUGUCACCUUUAAAGGAUCCAAAUUAGGAAAAAUCGAAGCACUUUGGAUUGGCCUCGAAUCAGGUUCCUGGAGAGUAGACGGCGUGCAUUUGACAGUAAUCAAUGGGACAUCAACUAUGCCUAAAUUUAGCGAGGAAACAAGUGAAGUACAAUUUGAUGGUUUGCAGUGUAAGUUCGAGGCAAAUAAUAUCCUACUUGGAGAGGGCGGGGUAUCUAUGGCGGAGCUAAGGCCGGUGCUCGCUGAAGAAUUGCAUGGAAAUACUUUUCCUCAUCAAUUAAAUGCAUGGUCCUCAUCAAAUAUCUUUUCGAGCCAUGAAAUGUCGAACGAGGACGGCAUGAGGGAGUAUGCAGAUCUCAAACUCUCAUUGCUGCUAUAUGACCUGAUUCUCAUUUCAACGGGAUUCACUACUUUUACCUUAUGUUCGAAUGAGAAAGCUGCUUAUUCUUUCUUAGUUGGCGGAAUUGGUGGAUUCCUUUAUCUACUGCUGCUUCAGAGAUCAGUUGAUGGAUUAUCAGCUACAGAAUCAGCUUCUGGGGAAGCCUUUGGAGGGCUUAAAAGGCCGUGGUUAGGUCUCGCACUGAUUAUGGCCGCUAGCGUGGUUGCAGUGAAGUAUGGGAUAGGAGGAAAUACUGUUGCAUUGACUCCGACCGACCUCUUCAUUGGAGUUGCAGGAUUUCUCGCUAGUAAGAUCGCAGUGGUGUUAGCAGCAUUUAGACCCAUACAAAGGAGUCCGAAGAGAAGAGAUUGACGUUAAAAUUUCAACGCGAAUCUUCUCUGUUCGUGGCGGCAGCUUUGUUUUUGAAGAUCAUACAAGGUUCAUAUGAGGAUCUCCAUGGAAAAGUAAUUCAUCUGUAAUUUACUAUAUAAAUAAGUAGCUGAAUCCCCCAAUGUAAGCCAGUUAACAUGUUUAACUGAUAGCAGAAAUGGUGUAGUAAUUUGUUGGUCUAAAAUUAAGUGUUCUAUAAGAAGAUGUUCUGUAUGUCUAUGUAUUUACUGGCAGCCUAAAUUUGGUUGUACAAAGAUAUAAAAAAAUGAUCUACAACCUGUAUCUCUAUGUUGGAAAUUGCUUAUGAUAAA